UUUUUUUUUUUUUUUAAAAGUAAAUAUUGUGGGCUAGUGGGGUUUGAACUGUACGGAUAGGAACUAGAAUAACUGUCUAUAACUGCCAAUUCAGAGAUGAGUCCAAAGUAACCGCCCUUUGUUGCCCUACAAAUUCUGAACGCACUCCCGACUGUUGAACUUUUUUCCUCUUCCCCCAUUAUCUUGUCUCUUCUUCCACCAAAUCCACUCAUCUUUUACAAGAAAACAGCACAUUCCUCAAUGAACAACUCCCCCGACAUCGAUUUCCGAUUCCCCAUAUCCCCUCCAACCCACCAAGACGCCGUCGUUCCGGCCGCCCCCGCCACCACCAUUGCCUACGCGGUUUCUUCUUCUUCCACUUGUUUCACUGCAGAAGAUAAAACCCACCACAAUCCCAGGAAGAAACGCUCCAAGCUGAUCAGGCUCGACAACCAGGCUGCUCCGAACAAGGUUUUGAGGCCUAAGCAUGCGAAAAAACCAGACCCAUCUGCCCCAAAGAUCACGAAACCCUGCACUGAGUGCGGCAAGACGUUCUGGUCAUGGAAGGCUUUGUUCGGGCACAUGCGGUGCCACCCCGAGCGCCAGUGGAGGGGCAUUGACCCACCACCGAAUCUGCGGCUGCCCGCUUCACCCAACAUCACGUUGAGCGAGUUGGGAUUGGCCAUGGGUGAAGAGGACCACGAGGCCGCCUCGAGUUUGCUAAUGCUUUCCAGUGGGAUUACUUCUGGGACAAGUAAUGAGAUCAUCGUUACUACCACCGCUACUCAGAGUGUGAGUAAUACUAGUAAUCUCCAAGGUAUACAGGAGGUGUUUGAUGGUGGUAAUAGUAACAAUAGUGGUAGGUUUGAGUGCUCGAGUUGUAAGAAAGUGUUUGCGUCCCACCAGGCGUUGGGGGGCCACAGGGCAAGCCACAAGAAUGUGAAGGGCUGUUUUGCAAUUACAAGGAGUGAUGGAGAGGUUGAUCAGGAUCAUCAUCACCACAAUGAACAUGGUGAUGGUGAUGGUGAUGAUGAUGUGAUGGAUGAGGAUCACAUGGAGUUGGUGGGGUCAUCAGCAGGGCACAAGUGCAGUGUUUGUUGGAGGGUAUUUUCAAGUGGGCAGGCAUUGGGAGGGCACAUGCGGUGUCACUGGGAAAAAGGGGAGGAGAACCAGUUAGAGUUAGGGUUAGGGUUCAACCUGCAGCAGCCUUAUGGAACUUCAAGGGAAUUAUUGUUAGGUCAAAAUUCUGCUGGUGGUAGUGGUGGGCUGGUCUUGAAUUUGCCUUCUGCUGCUGCUUCUACUUCUCACACUGCAGAUGAUCAGUACUACUCCUCUUCGUACUCUUCUUCUGGACUCACUUUGGAUUUAAGGUUGGGUCUUUGA